AGGCGAAUACUUCGUGUUUGUUGGGGAAAACCUGCCUCCCAGGGUGGAAGCGAGAUUGUGGCUCAAGCAGGACUUCCAUUACGACAAUGUGAUGGCGGCAAUGCUGACUUUGUUCGCGGUCCAAACGGGUGAAGGAUGGCCUCAAGUGUUGCAGAAUUCGAUGGCAGCGACGUACGAAGAUAGCGGACCCAUACCGCAUUUUAGGAUCGAAAUGUCCAUCUUCUACAUCGUGUACUUCAUCGUGUUUCCGUUCUUCUUCGUGAACAUCUUCGUCGCCUUGAUUAUCAUCACGUUUCAAGAACAAGGCGAAGCGGAAUUGCAAGACGGAGAAAUUGAUAAGAACCAGAAAUCCUGCAUCGAUUUUGCAAUACAAGCGAAACCCUUGGAGCGAUACAUGCCCAAAGAUCGGCUGUCGAUGAAGUACAAAAUUUGGCGGAUAGUCGUGUCGACACCGUUUGAGUACUUCAUCAUGGCCUUGAUUGUCACCAAUACGGUUCUGCUUAUGAUGAAGAGUCGAUCCCACCUGUCUGUCUACCCCCGGUAUAAUUGCGACUCUUCAGUUUGCGAAAAUCUGCGGCACGCGGACGAGGGCGACGAUUUGGCGGAUCACGAUAAGCAGCCCGAAGACUAUCAGAAAACGCUGCGUUACAUGAAUGUUUCCUUCACUGCCCUGUUCUCGGUCGAGUGUAUCCUCAAGAUCAUCGCGUUUGGCGGCAGGAACUUCUUUCAAGAUCCAUGGAACACCUUCGACUUCAUCACCGUGCUUGGAAGCAUCGUUGAUGCCUUGGCAGUGGAGAUCGGGGGCAACUUUCUGAACGUCGGGUUUCUGAGGCUUUUCAGGGCUGCAAGGCUCAUCAAGCUUCUACGACAGGGCUACACAAUUCGUAUACUUUUAUGGACGUUUGUGCAGUCUUUCAAGGCUUUGCCAUAUGUUUGCCUUCUCAUAGCCAUGUUGUUCUUCAUCUACGCAAUCAUUGGAAUGCAGGUUUUCGGCAAUGUAUUGUUGGACCCUGGUUCCUCCAUUACUCGUCAUAAUAAUUUCCGCUCGUUCUUCCAAGGGCUUAUGCUACUCUUCAGGCAAGUUGCC